ACUCUGCACUUUUACCUGAAGCCCACUUCACCUGGACACUAACUAUGGGGUGGACAACUCUGUGGUUGUGUGUUCUCGCUCUGCCACUAACGAGCGCCAUCCAGGUGAAAGCCAGGAAAGCGCGCCAGUCCAACCAUGUGAACAGCAUCUGCAGCACCUGGGGCAGAGAGCACUUCAAGACCUUCGAUGGAGACGUGUACCAGUUCCCAGGGACGUGUGAAUACAACCUGGCCUCCGACUGCCACUCUGAGUCCUACCAGGAGUUCUCUGUGCACCUGAAGAGGAACGAGGCUACUGAGGCUGAGGGGAACCCUACGGUCAAACACGUAGUGGUCACUAUCAACGACCUGGUCUUCCACCUGACCAAGACUCAGGUCGCGGUCAAUGGAGAAAUUGUAACUCUGCCGUUCUACAAUGGAGGAGUCCAACUGGAGAGGAAUGCAGUUUACACCAAACUCUACUCCAAGGUUGGCCUGGUUGUCAUGUGGAACGGAGAAGAUGCCGUCAUGGUGGAGCUGGACACGGAGUACACCAACCGUACCUGUGGUCUCUGUGGAGACUUCAAUGGCCUUCCAGUCCACAAUGAGUUUGUUCAUAACGGUCGUAAAGUGAGCCCCAUUGAGUUUGGAAACAGACAGAAGGUCCACAGGCCCAACGAGGACUGUGAAGACCCCUAUGAAGAGGAAGAGGAAGAUGAACCUGCAGACGUUCAGCCUAAAGACGACACAUGCAAGGAGUUUCAUGCCCAGUGUGACCAGCUCCUGCGCUCGCCGUUGUGGAGCUCCUGUGGUGCGGUCGUGAACCCUGAGCCCUACAUCCAGGCCUGUGUUCAGGACCUGUGUGGCUGCAGCAACACUUCAGAUAGCUUCUGUGUCUGCAGCACCCUGGCAGAGUACUCCAGACAGUGCUCCCACGCCGGGGGACAGCCACCCCACUGGAGAACAACAGCCUUCUGUGACAAGCAGUGUCCGUUCAACAUGGUCUAUCUGGAGAGUGGCUCUCCCUGCAUGGAUACCUGUACCCACUCUGACACCAGCUCACUGUGUGAAGAACACCUGAUGGACGGCUGCUUCUGCCCUCACGGGACUGUGUUUGAUGACAUCUCAAAGAGGGGGUGUGUCACUCAGGACCAGUGUCAGUGCAAACACGACAAGGUUUACAACUCUGGAGAAGUAUUCAGACAGGACCGUGAGGAAUGUGUCUGUCAUCAUGGUCAGUGGUCCUGUAAAAGUCUGCCCAGCCCUGCUACAUGUGCCGUUGAGGAGGGUUCACACGUGACGACCUUCGAUGGGAAAGCAUUCACCUUCCAUGGUGACUGUUACUACCCCUUAGCCAAGGUGGAAAGCAAGAAUGAAGCCAGUCCAAAGUUCACUGUACUGGUCCAGCUGGUUCCCUGUAUAAGACAGAAGUUUGACACUUGCCUCAAGAGUGUUGUGGUCUUACUAAACAAUGAUAGAAACAACGCUUUGGUGAUCACCGCCGAUGGGAAAGUCAGCCACAAUGCACAGAUCACUCUGCCUUACAACACAGCUGACAUCAGUGUGUUCAAGCCAUCGUCCUUCCACAUGAUGCUCCAGACCAGCUUUGGGCUGCAGGUUCAGAUCCAGCUGGUCCCUAUCAUGCAGGUCUAUGUCACCUUGGACGAGAGCUACAAGACCAAGACACAAGGUCUGUGUGGGAACUUCAACAAGGUUCUGUCCGAUGACAUGAAGACCCCCCAGGGUAUGGUGGAGGGAACAGCCUCUUCAUUUGGGAACUCCUGGAAGGCUAAUCCUACCUGCAGAGACAGAGAGGAGAGGCUGGACGACCCCUUCCUCAGCGUGGAGAAUGAGAACUAUGCUAAACAUUGGUGCUCCAUGCUAAGAAGUUCUGACAGCACUUUUGCCAAGUGCCAUGCCAUGGUGGACCCCGAGCUUUACUACAAGCGAUGCACGUACGCUAGCUGCAACUGUGAGAAGAGUGAAGACUGCCUGUGUGCCGUCUUCUCCUCUUAUGUGCGAGACUGUGCUACCAAGGGAGUGGUCCUGUCGGGCUGGAGAGAGAACGUGUGUGACAAAUACAUUGGUAACUGCCCAGCGUCUCAGACCUACUCUGACCAGCUCCAGAGAUGUCAGCUGACCUGUAGCUCCCUGGCCAGCAAAAGCCAGGGUUGUACCAAUGACUUCCUCCCCGUGGAUGGUUGUUCUUGCCCGGAUGGACUCUACAUGGAUGACAGGGGCACCUGUGUACCCAUGGACAAAUGCCCCUGCUUCCACAACGGGGUCCACAUCAAGCCUGGGAAGUCCAUCAACAUUCAGGAGGAACACUGUGUCUGCAACAAUGGGAAGCUUCACUGCCGUUCGUGGAAGAUGCGUUCAGAGAGUACCUGCCAGUCGCCGAAGGUGUUCUUGAACUGCUCCAAUGACCUGGGAGUACAGUGUACACGGAGCUGUAGGAACCCGGAUUUCAUGGACUGUUUCUCCGCAGAGUGUGAGUCUGGGUGCAAGUGUCCCACGAGUCUGUGGGAGGAUGGGAAAGGCAUGUGUGUGAAUAAACAUGAAUGCCCAUGCAGCCAUGACGGAUUCCUCUACGCCCCAGGAAAACAGAUCCCAAACGGAUGUAACACUUGCACCUGUAAGAGUGGGAAAUGGGAGUGCACAGAUAAGAAGUGCCCAGGAACCUGUACCAUCUACGGCAGUGGCCAUUACAAAACCUUUGAUGAGCGCACGUAUGGCUUCCAAGGAAAAUGUGGCUAUGUGGCUGUCCAGAACAAAUGUGGGAACCGGCCUGUCCAGGACAAAUUCAUGGUGAUCACAGAGAACAUACCGUGUGGAACCACAGGCACCACUUGUUCCAAGUCUGUCAGGGUUCAACUGGGGAGAACAGAGCUGAAACUAUCAAAGGGGACCCAUGAAGUGGUGGACCUAGGAGUGGGCUCUCAGAUCCAGUACCGAGUGAGGACCGUCGGUCUGUACCUGAUUGUUGAGUCAGACAUCGGGAUCGCAGUGCUGUGGGACCGCAAAACUACUGUCCGCAUCGUCCUGGAGCCACAGCAUAGUGGAGCAGUGUGCGGCCUGUGUGGGAACUAUAAUGGAGAAGGCAGAGAUGACUUCACCACACAAGGUCAGAUGAUAGUCAGCAGUCCUGUGGAGUUUGCUAACAGCUGGAAAGUGUCAAGCACUUGUCCCGACGCAGAAAGCAACGUGGACCCAUGUGGAGCCAGACCCAACCGCCACAACUGGGCUAAGAUGCAGUGCAGCAUCAUCACCGGAAAGACUUUCCAACUGUGUCACAAGAAGGUAGACCCUAGUCUGUACUUUGAGAACUGUGUGAAAGACUCCUGUGCCUGUGAUACUGGCGGAGACUGUGAGUGUUUCUGUACAGCUGUAGCAGCCUACGCCCAGGCCUGCACCGAAGCUGGAGUCUGUGUUGCAUGGAGAACACCAGAAAUUUGUCCUGUGUUCUGUGACUACUACAACGAUCCAGGUGAAUGUGAAUGGCAUUACAGCCCUUGCCACACACCUUGCUUCAAGACCUGUCUGAAUCCAAAUGGGACCUGUGACAACCCUCUUCCCAAUCUGGAAGGUUGUUACCCACAAUGCCCUCCAGAUAGGCCAAUAUUUGAUGAAGAGACCGGGAGUGUGUUGAGGAAUGCCCACCAACAGGCCCAUCAACAACAACCCCACCAACACCAAUAACAACACCGUGGACACCAACAACUACCACAUUGACAACAGAACCUCCAACCACAACACCAACACCACCAACAACAACACAAACACC